CUUUGGCUUUCCAUUUUCUGUUAAAGCUACUUAAGGUCAUUCCAAAUCGAAAUAUUGUUUAGUUGAGACUGUUGCUUCGAAGUGGCUAGUUUAGUUCGAUUGGGUACAUUUAAAACCGAAGAAGACACGUUCAGUGCAUACAUUAAUGUAUGUUAAUUUAAGCAGUUCUUGAGCAUCACUUUGCAGCUAGUUUAGUGUUUGAAAGUGGAAACAAGCAUUUAAUAUUUAUGAAUAUUUACCGUGAUUAUUGCCUAAAAAACUAGUGGUUGCUGGCGAAAAAAUCAUCUAAAUAGUUUCUUUCAUAAAUUGAAGGAUAUUUUGCAUUGUUAAAAUGCGAAACGCGGACUUAACACGAUUAUUUUUAUUAUUUUCAACAAUACUUAGUGUGUGUCUAGCUCAAAGAGGUCUUCGCACUUUAAUAGAAUGGAAGGAGAUGGAAUAUAGUUUUCCAUCAAAUGCGGAUCGAUUACAAGCUAUCAGAGACGGUCUCUACGUGCAUGGAAAUGGUGUUCCAAUUGACGUAGACGUUCACUAUGGUGAUUCGAAUAUGUCAAAUGCAACAAUCAACGGCAUAAAGUUUCCAGAUUCAGCAAGAGAUUUAUCCAGAAUUUUUGUCACGAUACCAAGAUUUACUACUGGGAUACCAUUUACCCUUGGUACGGUUACGAAUCUCCCUGCUGAGGGAGGUCCGCAACUUGUAGCUUAUCCACGAUAUUCUUGGCAUUCAAGUCAUGGACUAGACUGUAAUGGAAUAACAUCGGCGUUUCGAGUUGCGAUUGACGAUUGCGAAAGACUGUGGGUUAUUGAUACUGGACGCAUUGGGAACGUACAACACUGCACACCUCAACUGCUUGUAUUCGAUUUGCGAAAGGACACUCUGAUACACCGUUACAGAUUCCCCCAGUCUCAAUUCAAAACUGCAGUUUCACUAUUAGUUACUCCAAUUGUUGAUAUUCGAAGCCAAAGUCAUGGCUGCCGGAAGACUAUGGUCUACAUUGCUGAUAUUACUGGAUUCGGCCUGUUGGUCUAUGAUUACGAGGCAAACACAUCGUGGAGAAUUGAAAAUAAGUUGAUGUUCCCAAAUCCUGAUUGGGGAACCUUCACUAUCGCUGGAGAGAGCUUUGAUUUGAUGGAUGGUCUUGUGGGUCUGGCUCUGACACCUCAAUCAAGGGGAGGAAGGAAUGAACCUUCCGAAGGAAAAUAUGGGGGAUAUCCUUCGUCUUCACGACCGCCGCGGGAACGUGAACGUUACUUAUAUUUCCAUGCCAUGGCCGGCGAGGUUGAGAAUCGUGUGCCUCUCAGUUUGGUUGAUAACAGGACGAUCUGGCUGAAUGCCCCAGAUUCCAAUCCAAGGGAUUUCGUUACAAUCGGUCGUCGUGGUACACAAAGUGCUGUCAUGGCAAUUGAUAGCCGCGACAAUAUGUUCUUUGGUUUGAUGAACGAUAUUGCAGUAGCUAGUUGGAAUAUUAACACGCCCUAUCAAAGAUCGAAUUUCAAAUUGGUAGCUCAAAACCCCACAACAUUACAAUUUAUAAGUGGACUGAAAAUUAAACGCAGCAGAAUCAAUACAGAGGAGUUGUGGGUGAUGUCGAAUCGAUUCCAGAAAUCAGCUGCUGGGACGAAAAAUUCACAAGAAAUCAAUUACCGGAUUUUAGGAUGUAAUAUUGAUGAGCUGCUGACUACUGGCUGCCGAACCGCUGAUCACAGAGAUAAUUUAAUUUUUGCCUAAUGCAACAUUUUUAAUAAUCUAGUCAUAAUUGGAACUAAGUACAAUAUUAGGAAUUUGCCUAUGAAUCAGUAUGUACACUUUGUUGUUACAUUAAGAAAACAUUUUAUGCGAGUAAACUAUAAUUGCAUAUUUAAAUCUAAUUAAACUAUUUGUUUCGUUGAAAA